UAUCCCUGGGGAAGGUUCUCUUGCUAGAGAUCCCUCCCUUCUGAAGUCUUUCCUGUGAGCCUUGAUCUUCAGAGACAGGACAAUGGAGGCCACUGCCCCAAUGUGACCUAUAUCUACUGUACAACAUAAUACAGACCACCAUCCUGCUCUCUGACACCUCCCAGUAUGGAUGGUUUGAUUGAGCAGAACAAUGUGCUCAUGCACAAUAAGAUUGCUGAGGCCGGGAAAAGGAAUGGUUUAAUUAAUACAAGGAACUUAGUAGCAGAGAGCCGAGAUGGUCUGGUGUCAGUGUACCCAACCCCACAGUAUCAGAGCCACCGAGCGGGAAGUUCCCCGAGCUGCCUGGAGAAUGGCAGGAAUGACCCCGUGCAGCAGCUCCUGGAUCCCAACAUGCUGCAGCAGACCGUGGAGUCCCAUUACCGUCCCAACAUCAUCCUCUACUCGGAGAAUGUGCUGCGCUCGUGGGGUGAGAGCAUCAACUCAGAGUGCUGCGAAACCACAUUCAUCGAGGACCGUUCCCCUACCAAGGACAGCCUGGAGUACCCAGACAGCAAAUUCAUCGAUCUCUCAGCUGAUGACAUCAAGAUUCACACCCUCUCCUAUGAUGUGGAGGAGGAGGAGGAUUUCCAGGAGCUAGAGAGUGACUACUCAAGUGACACUGAAAGUGAAGACAAUUUCUUAAUGAUGCCACCAAGAGAUCAUCUCGGCCUCACUGUGUUCUCCAUGCUCUGCUGCUUCUGGCCAUUGGGAAUUGCUGCCUUUUACCUGUCUCAUGAGGUAAUGCUAAAACAUAUCCUGUUAAUCUAUGGUUUUGCAUCCACAAAGUAGCCAUCAUCUCACACUAGCAAAGUCACCAAGAACAACCUGUGGGCAGAACACUAUUUCAGGAUGGUGGGAGGUGGUUAAACAGAGCACUGUGUGUGGGACACUUCUCCGCCUUCGUAAAUCUCUGUGAUAGUGGUGGUUGUCU